AUGCUGCAGGACCAGUGGUGGACAGCAGGCGCACGGCGUCGCGUAGGACACGCACCCGAGCUGCGGCGGGAACAGCGUGCCGACGGCCUCCUCGAGGCCUCUCCAACGUCUCUCACGACCGCAUUCACGGCCGAUCCCGAGCUUUCGACGGCUUCUCACCGCCGACUCCUUACCGACCGAUUAAGCCCAAACAGACCGAAAAAGUUU